AUCAUCCUUCAUCAUGGAACAAAUGCAUGUAAUCACACUCACAAUAUUUGGUGUCCUUCUAUUGCCGCUUUCGGCAUACGCAGACGUCUACGAUGUCAGCCAGCAUGGAGUCCAGAAUGGAGAUAUAACCGAUGCUCUGCUGAAAGCAUGGGAGCUGGCAGUGCAGGCGCCGACGGCGUCAAAGGUGUUAAUACCCAAGGGUGAAUGGACGCUGAAGCAGGCUCUUCUCGAUGGACCCAACAAGGCCCCUAUAGAGUUUCAGGUGGAAGGCACCGUGACAGCCUAUUCCGACCCUUUCGACCUCCCUGACAAUAAGGGAGAAUGGUGGAUUGGCAUGAACUACCUCCACUCCCUCACUGUCUCCGGCGGGGGGGUCUUCGAUGGCAACGGCAAAGUCGCCUGGACCAAGAACGAAUGCCACAAGAACACCCCGUGCCUGAGUAAACGACUCCCCUACAACCUCAGCUUCAACUUCAUCAACAACUCCAUCAUUACAGACAUCACCAUCAAAGACAGCAAGUACUUCCAGUCCAACUGCAUCUCUAGCAAUAACGUCACCUUCCAGCGAAUCACGAUCAGCGCCCCUGCUGAAAGCCCGAACACCGACGGCAUCCACAUCGCCCGCAGUGUCAACAUUAAGGUCCUCGACUCCGUCAUUGGGACCGGCGAUGACUGCAUCUCCUUCGGCGACGAGCUCCAAGAUGUCCUCAUCAAGAACGUCAGGUGUGGCCCUGGGCAUGGCAUCAGCAUCGGCAGCCUCGGAAAAACCAACGAGGAGAAAGACGUCACUGGGAUCACCAUAGAUAACUGCACAUUCAUUAACACUGACAAUGGGGUCAGGAUCAAGACCUGGCCUUCCACUCCCAGCACCUUAAAAGUCACUGAUAUCAAAUUCACCAAUCUUAUCAUGGAAAACGUCAGCAAUCCCGUCAUUAUAGAUCAAGAAUAUUGCCCCUGGAAUAUGUGCUCCCUCGACAAAGCAUCGCUGGUCCAGAUUAGUAAAGUGAAUAUUGAUAACAUCAAGGGUACCAGUGCCACUCAGGAUGCACUCAUAUUCUCUUGCAGCUCAAGUAAGCCAUGUCAAGAUGUGCAGAUUGGAAACAUUGAUCUCAGGUUCACCGGAGAUCCUACACUCGGCGGAGCCACCACCAAGUGCCAGAACGUCAAGUAUGUUUCCACCGGCAAACAGAAUCCACCUCUCUGUGUCAAGACCAGCGCCCCUAAACCUCUACCCAAGUAGAUUAUGCAUUUUCCCAAUUCUAUUUAGUCUGUUUAUGUCCAUAUUUAUACUCCCUGUUGAAACUGAAAAAUCAAAAUGUAAGUAGUUAGCAUUUUAUUACUAGAUAAUUGAAGUUGUUAUUCCAUUUUAUUAGUUAGUGUUUAGUAAUUUUCCUAGCCUAUAUAGCAUUUUUAUUG